GACACCCGGAAGUGAACGAAAUGGUGUUGAGAACCUAGUAUAGGUGGCUUAUUUCUGGGAAUAACUGACCAUUUCAGGGAGAUCAUAAUGUGGUGUCUGAGCGGAACGAUAACGGUAAUGCAUGUUGGUUAAGAUAAACAACUUAGUAUAUUGAACUUACAAAGCAGCUGACGAUUCCUGGUGAGAAGAUGCCGCAGAUACAGGUGUCAGGACUGACCGUGGAGUUUCCCUUUCAACCUUAUAAAUGUCAGGAGGAUUAUAUGUCCAAGGUGAUAGAGAGUCUGCAGAAGGGUGUGAAUGCAGUGCUCGAGAGUCCCACGGGCACUGGGAAAACGCUGUGCUUACUUUGUGCUACCCUGGCUUGGCGCCAGCAGUUCAAGGACGGCAUCACUGCACGGAAAAUUGCUGAGCGCAUGAAUGGGGCUGAGCUGUUUCCUGACCGUCCGACUGCAGCCUGGGGGAAUUCCGAAGCCAGUGGGCAAGAAUCAGCUUAUUACAGUGAUAUCCCCAAAAUCAUCUACGCUUCCAGGACACACUCACAGCUGUCGCAGGUUGUCAACGAGUUGAAGCACACUACUUACAGGCCAAAGGUUUGUGUUCUUGGGUCCAGAGAUCAGCUCUGUAUUCAUCCAGAAGUGAAGAAACAGGAAAAUAACCAAGUCAAGGUUCACAUGUGCCGUGCCAAAGUGUCUAACCGUUCCUGUUACUUUUACAAUAACGUGGAAGAGAAGAGCACAGAAAAGGAUCUGACCGAUCACAUACUGGACAUUGAAGAUCUUGUAAAGAAUGGAACAAAGCAUAGAGCCUGUCCUUACUACCUGUCCCGGAAUUUGAAGCAGCAAGCAGACAUUAUAUUUAUGCCAUAUAAUUAUCUCCUAGACCCAAAGAGUCGCCGUGCUCAUAACAUUGACCUAAAGGGCACAGUUGUCAUAUUUGAUGAAGCUCACAAUGUGGAGAAAAUGUGUGAGGAAUCUGCUUCCUUUGACUUGACUCCAUAUGACCUGGCAUCUGGGAUUGAUGCCAUAAACCUGGUGUUGGAGGAGCAGGCUAAGUCGCUGGAACAGAAACACAUCAAUGCUGAAUUUAACAUGGAACCUGCCAACUCUGGUCUGAACAUUGAGAUUGAAGACCUUGCCAAAAUAAAGGGAGCACUCCUACAACUGGAAAAUUCUAUUGAAUCCGUAGAGUUACCUUCUAGUGGAGGAGGUGUCACCAAGGACGGAAGUUUUAUCUUCGAUCUAUUUGCAUCUGCAGGAAUCACUUUUAAUACAAAGCCUGGGCUGCUGGAGUCAUUGGAGCAAAUCGUGCAGCAUAUUGGUGGAAGUUCUGGGGUUUUUACAAACACAUUUGGACUACAGAAGCUGUCAGAUAUUAUUCAGAUCGUGUUCAACAUCGAACCACAGGAUGGUGCCUCAGCCAUGGCCUCCAAUGCCAGAAUCUCUAAAUAUUACAAGGUUCAUAUCCACCCUGACAACAACCAGAGGAAGAAGCCACGUGGAGAUGUCUGGAGCAAUAGCAAAAAGCAGGGAGGAAAGAUACUCAGUUACUGGUGCUUCAGUCCAGGAUACACAAUGCAAGACCUUGUGAAACAGGGAGUCAGAAGUAUUAUCCUGACCAGUGGGACUCUCUGCCCUCUUUCCUCCUUUACAAUGGAAAUGCAGAUUCCUUUCCCAGUGUCUCUAGAGAAUCCGCAUGUAAUCGACAAGCACCAAAUCUGGGUAGGGAUCGUUCCCAAUGGCCCAGAUGGUUCCCAGCUCAGUUCUGCCUAUGACCGGAGAUUUUCUUCAGAUUAUUUAUCUUCAAUGGGAAAAACAAUAGGUAACAUCGCCCGCGUUGUACCUCAUGGAUUGUUGGUGUUUUUUCCUUCAUAUCCACUAAUGGAUAAAAGUCUUGAAUUCUGGAAGGAACAAGGUCUUGCUUCACGGAUAGAAGAUGUAAAACCCAUGUUUGUGGAGCCUCGUGGAAAAGGAACCUUCACAGAGGUGAUUGAUGCAUUUUAUGAGAAGAUUCAAGGCCCCGGGACUAGUGGUGCCAGUUUCUUAGCAGUGUGCAGAGGCAAGGCCAGUGAGGGAUUGGACUUUGCAGACUGCAAUGGACGUGGAGUAAUUAUCACUGGUCUUCCAUUUCCCCCACGCAUGGAUCCUCGAGUGCUGCUGAAGAUGCAGUUUCUGGAUGAGAUGAGACGUAUUCAAGGAUCUUCAGGACAGUACCUUUCUGGACAAGAGUGGUAUCGUCAGCAGGCAUCGCGUGCUGUGAAUCAGGCCAUUGGCAGAGUCAUCCGACACAGGCAGGAUUACGGAGCCAUCUUUCUGUGUGACCACAGAUUUACCCAAGGCAGUUCUCGCUCCCAGCUUCCCUCCUGGGUCCGACCGUAUGUUCGAGUCUAUGACAAUUUUGGCCAUAUCAUACGUGAUGUGUCCCAGUUCUUUCGGGUCGCUCAAAAGAUUAUGCCCCCUCCAAAGCCACCCAAGUCUCAAAAGGAAGGGGGAACCUCAGUAUCUACCUCUGACCACGUUCCAUCUCAGUCAUCCUCAUUAGGUCCAUCAUUUACACGGGACUUUCUAAUCAAAGCAAAGAAUUUGGACUCCCACGUUCCCAGUCUGAAGAGGAAGCGGGAGGGUAGUUGCAAGGAACCGGUGUCCGGUACAGUUUCAGACCUGUGUGAUGGAUAUGAACAUGAUAUGAGUGUCAGUGGUCCAAGACCUGCUGGUUUACUAGACGCUCUGGAUCAUAGCGAGAAAAGACUUCAGGAGGAGCAACAGCUUGAUGAAAAGGUCACUCGACUUUCCACCCUCUCAUUGCAGUAUGAUAAAAGGCUGGCUGAGGAACAACGAGGAGGGAAGAAGAAAAUUAAAAUUGUGCAGAAUAGGGUCCUGGAGGAUAGUUCUCCCCAAUGCCAGAAGACGAGCCGUGCACAUCUGUUUCUGCUCUCAGUGAAGCAGUCUCUUAGUCAAUCUAAUUAUGAUACUUUCCGAAAGAUCAUGAACGACUACAAGCAGACUGAUGACUUGCUGGGCUUACUUCCCCAGCUCCGUGUGCUUUGCCAGGACCCUGGGAAGUAUGAACUGAUGAGAGGUUUUUACCAGUUUAUUCGCCCUCAUCACAAACAACAGUUUGAUGCAGCCUGUAAAGAUCUGACUGGGAUUGGUUGUGGAUACAAACCUGAGCACGGUGUUCCACGCACAGAGAGGGAGAAGGCCCAAGCAGUCGAUGUUAAGUCUGAGAACAAAAUCACUUAUUCUGUAACCAGCACAGAGGGACACCUGAACAAUGGGGGAGAACACCUGAUCUCUGCACCAGUAAUGACUGCAUCUUGUACCAGUGGACAUGGCAAUAGGAAGCAGGAAGGAAAAAAUCAGGCAUCUGAAUACCUGCGCCAGGUAAAGGAGUUGCUCGGACCCUCCAAGUUCCUACUUUUCUCCCAGGCUCUGACAUCCUACAAAAAAACUGACAACUAUGACAACUUGGUGUCUGAAAUUGCUGAGCUGCUCACAGAGAGGCAAGAACACUACAUCCUGAUGAGAGAUUUUCAUCGUUUUGUCCGCCCUCAUCACAAAAAGAUGUUUAACCAGCUGUGUAAAGAUUUGACUGGUGUUGGCUAUUCAGAGGGACCUUUGGGAUCCUCAGUUAAGGAGAAGGAGCACCCAGAGCUGGCUAUUAAUACUGGUGAAUCUUCAGUGUCUACCAGGAUCUGUGACACGUCAGCUCCUCCUCCGUACACCCCUGGCUCAGGUAACCUGAGGUAGUGUCCUGUGGAGAUCCUGACUUUUCAAGAGGAAAAAUCUUUUUAUUUACAUAGGCAAAGACUGUAACUGACUAAAUAAAUGAUGCAUAUAUUUGUUUUAUUACACUUAUGGGAGAGACGGCAUAUUUUCCACCAUACAGCUUUCCUUCCUAUACACACACAGAUGGAGGAUGCACGAUAAUACUGAUGGGGGUUAAUAAGCUAUAUACUGUUUAAUGGAGACUCUUGUUAAAUGAAAUGUGUUAGUACUUGAUAUGUAUUUAUAAAAAAUAUAUAUAUAUUUUGUAAUUAA